AUGAAUACGUGUACUACUUGUCGGCACCAAUUACCCACAGAAGCCUUCUUUCGCAAGGGCAAACUUCUCAAAACCUGCUCUAUCUGCUUAACUAAAAAAUCUGAAAAAGCAGCGAAGCAAGUUCCACCU